AUGUGUGCCUGCGCAGAGAUGAAGAAGACACUGGGAUGGGUCCAGCUCAUGUGCCUCGGCAUCGGAGCAAUUAUCGGUGCCGGGAUAUUUGUCAUCACCGGUGUGGUUGCCAACACCACUGCCGGUCCAGCUGUGUGCCUGUCCUUUGUUGUGGGAGGAGUGUGCGCCUUGCUGUCAUCCUUCGUCUAUUCCGAGUUUGCGACCGAGCUACCCGUGGCGGGCAGUAGUUUCACCUAUGUGGUGGCAAGUUUGGGGCAGGUACCAGCCUUCUUGGUCAUGGUCAACAUGAUCAUGGAGUACGUGCUGUCGAUUGCUGCCAUCGCGCGCGGAUGGAGCGGCUACCUAGCCACGCUCUGCAAUCAGGAGUCUGGUGCCUUUCGCAUAGACGUGGGAUGGGCGCAGCUUGACCCGAUCGCAGUGGGGAUCAUCAUAAUCCUGACGGUGCUGAUCUGCGUUUCCACCAAGGAGUCUUCGCGCGUCAACCUCGUCCUAGUCAUCACCAAGCUUGUGGGCGUUCUCUUCGUCAUCAUCGUGGGCUUCACAAAGGCGGUGCCCAGCAACUUUACAUCUGACUUUGCUCCCUACGGGAUCCGCGGAGUCUUUAACGGAGCUGCCAUCAUUUUCUUUGCAUACCUUGGCUACGAUGCUGUCGCAACCAUGGCUGAGGAGUGCAAGAAUCCCGGCAAGGACAUGCCGCUGGGAAUUGUGGGGGGGACUUCCAUCUGCACAAUCCUGUACAUCCUCAUGUGCAUCGUCAUCUGCAUGAUGGUCCCCUACGCAGACAUCGACACCGGGGCACCGUUUUCAGCAGCGUUCGGCUACGUCGGCCUCACCUGGGCAAAGUUCAUAGUGGCUGUGAUGGCGUUGGUGGGAAUCACAACAGCGCUGCUGGUGAACAUGCUGGGGCAGGCCAGGAUCUGGACGAUGGCAGCGCGCGAGCACAUGAUCCCCUCGUUCUGGGCCAAGGUGUCCCCCCGCUUUGGGACCCCCAUCGCAGCCCAAUGCACCAUGGGAGCCGCCUCAGCCGUCAUCGGCUUCUUCACAUCUCUGGACAUCCUGGCCAACAUGGUGUCGAUCGGGACCCUCUUCGCCUUUUUCAUGGUUGCUGCCGCGCUGUUCUUCUACCGCCUGUACGACGAGAAGGUGUCCACCAGAAAGGAGGGCAUCAUUGCGCUGACUCACCUCUUACUCAUCGGCGCCGCCUGCCUCGGGCUGGCGAUCAACUACGCGUUGACGGACGCCUGGUAUGGCAUCGUGGCAUUCCUGGCCAUGUGGGUGAUCGUGACUGCCUCCGCGCACAUCUUCUGCAAGCAUGCGCGCACACCCCGCCUCUUCGGGGUGCCACUCUUCCCCUGGGUGCCCUCAGGCUCCAUGAUCCUGAACGCUUUCCUGCUGUGCACGCUGGACCGUGACUCAUACAUCCGAUUCGGCAUCUGGUCCGCCUUCUGCUUUGUCGUCUACUUGCUCUACUCGCUCCACUCAAUUGAGUACCACCACUCCAUCGAGGGACCCCCCCUGCCCACCCACAAGGUCGAGCCAAACGUGGCACCCAAGGGCGCUGCCACGACCGCAGGCCCCACCGCCGCUUGAGGCCAUCUGUCAAUGCGCAAUUCAAAUAAUCCGUGCGGGCCUAAUCAGGCAACCUAGCACUCGAGACGUGACAUUCGCGUGCACACACAGCCGUGCUAGUGUCAACGCAUGGAAUGAACUAUUGGCAAUUGCAAAAAAGGAUAAAUCACAUUGGGUUGAGAGUGUUGCAAAGCUGUACUGGGCAGUCUGCGAAUGUCUCCUGGCGGUAUAGAGGGGGCAGGACUGCAGAUUAUGCUCUGACCUCUUUAGGAAAGUCAUGGAGCGACAGAAGAUUGGAACGCACUAGCAUGUUCCUCACAAGAAUCACACAAGCUUGUGUGACUCUUGCUGUGUGGGGCUCUUGUUAUCUGGGGCUCUUGUUAUUAGUCGGUAAGGCUUCCUUAUCGACCAAUAUAUGUUUGCCUGUUGGUGACAGCAAAUUUGCUACUUGAAACUAGUGACUGCCUGCAACUUGCUUGCCAGCUAGCAGGCAGAUCUGAGUUGCAGUAGGUUUGAGGCUGCGGAAGCUUUGGCACUUCGGUGUAACAAAGCCUGUGCUUUCCAAAAGCGGUCUGUGUGAGCUUGUGAAUUUGGAAGUAUCAUGGCUUUGGCACCUCUGUUUGCAUUUGUAUUUCGCAGGAGUGUGGGUUGGGGCUGGCACAUGCCUGAUCGUUGCAGAGACUAUGUGCACAGGGUGAGACGUCUUAUACUUCGCUGAUGUCAAGACAACGCUGUCACAACGUCUUUUAUCACGUUUGAGGCCUCCCUGCAACUCUGGGAGGAGAGUCACUUUUCCUGUGACUGUGUGCCAGGGGAGGGUCAUGCUUUGGUCAACAGCAUUGUUGCUCCAUGCAUUGUUUUUAUCGAAGUAGGACCUGCCUCUUAAGAUAAGGGGAUCCCAGGCAAAGGACGAAUACUUUUGGGGUUGCCUUGGUGUUUUGGGUGGUCCGCAUGGUUUGUGAGGCUGGGGCAACUUAGGUUGUUUCUACGAAAAGCUUCGGCGCUCUCAAAAGUCUAUGCUUCGCAUUACGUAGCCGAAUCUGCUUCAGUUCUUGUAAAUGGAGUCAUUGAAGGGU